AUGUCCAACGACCGCAAGCCCGUCGCCGACCAGGCCGAAGACGAUACCUGGUUCCCCUCCCCAUACUCGCUGACGCAGUACGUCGCCCCCAAGACGGACUUUGCCGAGGGCGACGCCGACUACGCGGCCACGGCCUACAAGGGCGGCAAGUGGAAGGUGCUCCUCAUCGCGACGCAGGAGCGCUACCUCAAGAUGGCCGACGGCUCAUUCUUCUCGACGGGCAACCACCCGGUCGAGAUGCUGCUGCCGAUGCUGCACAUGGACGCCGCCGGCUUCGACAUUGACAUUGCGACGCUGUCGGGCGAGCCGGUCAAGUUUGAGAUGUGGGCGUUCCCCAAGGAGGACAAGGCCGAGGUCUGGGGCCAGGGCUUCACCGACGCGACGCCGUACCUCGCCGUCUUCAUCCCCGGCGGCCACGGCGUGCUCAACGGCGUGCCCUUCUCGGCGACGGUCGGCGACGUGCUGCGCUGGGCCCACGCCCACGAGCGCUUCUUCGUGACGCUGUGCCACGGGCCCGCGAGCAUGCUCGCCGCCGACGUCGGCAAGCCCGCCGGGUCCAAGUACAUCUACGAGGGCUACAAGGUCGACGUGUUCCCCGACGCGCUCGACCAGGGCGCCAACAUUGACAUUGGCUACAUCCCCGGCAAGAUGGAGUGGCUCGUCGGCGAGCGCCUGCGCGCCCUCGGCGUCGAGCCCAUCAACAGCCAGAUCACGGGCGAGGUCCACCGCGACCGUCUGCUGCUGACGGGCGACUCGCCGCUGGCGUCGAACAACCUCGGCAAGCUGGCGGCCAAGACGCUGCUCGAGGCUGUGGCGAACAAGUAG